GCAUUCAGUGCAGCAGUAAGCGGAGCGGCGUCGACGUGAUUGGUCGCCAUGUUCUCGGUGUCUCGCGUUCCGAAUUUAAAAUAGUCGCGAUCGACUUUGUGAGAGAAGCAAUGUGCUCAUUGUUUAUUGUUGAUGGUCUAUACGUGAAUUUUAAUUCGUGAGACACAUAAAUAUAUAUUGUGAUAAAAAGUGUUUAUGUUAAGGUCCAUACUGCAUGAUCAUAGCAUAAAUCGAUGCGAAAAUAAAACGCUAAAUAAACGCGCGUCAGUGGAUGACCUCUAUUGCGUUGAAACCAGAAAAUGAUAGUAAAAUUGUCUAUAAUGACAUUAAAUAUGUACGAGAACUGGUUUCAGUGUAACGUUGCGUCGAUGGGUGUAGUGACAAUAUGAAAAUCAAGCAUUAUCCAGGAAAAGCGGUCAUGGAGGACCCUUGGCUUUCGAUCAGCGACCGGACUAUGGACUUAGUCUACGCGGCGAACUGGGUUGGAGCUAAAAACCUUAGCACAUAUAAUGAAAACGAUGACCGUUCGACUACCAGUAAAUUUAAUUCCAUAUCUAGAAGUAAAUCGAUGAAAGACGUUGGCCGCACAAGCGAUAGAGAUUAUAACGAGAAAAAAUAUUCGCAAGAAGAUAGUGGCUAUUACAAUGAAGUUCCUAGUGAUAAUCUGUCACAGCUGGCUAAAUACCAGCAAAACAUCGAAGAAAAGGCAAGAGCUAAUAACAAUCUUAUCAUUCAAAGUAAACUAAAACACAGUUACAGUUUUAAAGAUAUGCCGAAUGGGUACCGUCCAUCGACCUUGAGACGAGUUAAGCGGCGGAAUUUUACCGAAUGGGAUAUCGAGGCAUUCGGAUCAAAUAGUAAACAGCCGCCUGUACCUCCGCAGCGCAGAGAUUCAUUGAAAUAUGCGCAUAGACAAAGGAAGGUCGAUUCAAAGAAAAAUUACUACCCGUUACCUGACCCCGGUCCUGUACCAGCCGACCCGUCGUCUGAAUCUUAUUAUGAGUAUUAUUCAAGAGUCAGCCAACAGAACAAUGACACUGACAGCGAUAAGAUAAAACAGAUUCACAAAGAUACAAAAAAGGAAAGAAACUCACAUAACGAACCGCCUAAGCAAAAUGGGAAUACAAUGUACCAAUUGAUAAAUUCAAUGGCUACUUUGGAUUUAAGUCCAAUAAAGGCCAGAGCUGGAAAGCAAAAACUCGAAUUGGAUAGCGAAGCGGAAGAUUUAGGUUUAUACAUGCGGCCCAUUAACCAGCCGUUAUCUACAUGCGAUCAACUUCCUAACCACACUACGCAACCGGCGAACGAACGAAACGGACGCAUUGAAGAAACUAAGCCGAGUUUUCGUUCUAAAUCAUUGAGAGUCAAAAGCGAGGGUCGAACGCCACUUCAAGCAUAUUUAGACACAGUCCAACCUGACAACGGGCCUUACAAUGGUGUCACUGUCACGCAACCGAAAAGAAAUCUAUCGCCAAGCGAACAAUUGACAUUGAUGCAGUACGAAAUGUUCAACGGAAGUCAGAACCAGUCCGCACCGGCGAUUAGCAAUGGGUUACACUCAGCCGAUCUGGGUAAAGAAAGUGACUAUCGGACUACGAACGGUGUUACGAAACAAGUCAAACGUGAUAAAUAUGGCAAGUUAUACAAUACUGUUAGAGUAAAAAGUGACGAUAGGUACGAUAGGUAUAAUGACAUUACAUCUUUUGGACUGACAAAAGAACGUAUCAGUGAAGAACGUGCGCCUAAUAACGGUGUUUUUUCGCGAAGUGCAAAAAGUUCGUCUAGUGGUUCAGACUCGGAUUUUUCAAUUCCACGCCCCAAACUCAUAGUUCCCGUUCACACUUACGGCAUUCGAAAGCGUAGAACUGGGAACCUAUGUCAGCGAGAAAGUACAGCGACAGAAGCUUCUUUGGAUGCUGGCAUUAUCUUAGAUGUAACGCGUUUAGAGGAAGAAAGUAAUAAGACGCUCGACAAAUAUCAUCGAAAUGAAGAACCAGAGGGUCGGGUGGAAGUAUCGAGGGAGAACAAAUACCUCAGCACCAUGGCACCAGGCAAAGUGUUCGGUGAGCUGGCCAUCCUCUACAACUGCAAGAGAACUGCCACCAUCAAGGCGGCCACAGACUGCCGGCUAUGGGCCAUCGAGCGGCAAUGUUUCCAGACCAUCAUGAUGAGGACUGGUCUCAUCCGACAGGCUGAAUACACGGACUUUCUUAAGAGUGUGCCGAUCUUCAAGGAUUUGCCUGAAGACACAUUGAUCAAAAUUUCCGACGUAUUAGAAGAAACGCAUUACCAGAAUGGUGACUACAUCAUCAGACAAGGCGCCAGGGGUGACACUUUCUUCAUCAUAUCGAAAGGACAGGUUAAAGUCACUCAAAAACAACCAAAUAGCAACGAUGAGAAAUUCAUCAGAACCCUCACGAAAGGAGACUUCUUUGGAGAGAAGGCAUUACAAGGUGAUGAUCUUCGAACAGCCAACAUCGUUUGCGACUCUCCAGACGGCACGACCUGUCUGGUUAUAGACCGAGAGACGUUCAAUCAAUUGAUAUCGACUCUUGACGAGAUCCGCACAAAGUAUAAGGACGAAGGCGAUGAUCGGCAAAGAUUGAACGAGGAAUUCGCCAACCUUCGUCUCUCAGAUUUACGCAUCAUAGCAACAUUGGGCAUUGGCGGUUUCGGACGAGUAGAGUUAGUGCAAAUCCAAAGCGAUUCAAGCCGGUCGUUUGCUUUGAAACAAAUGAAGAAGGCCCAGAUCGUUGAGACCCGGCAGCAACAACAUAUAAUGUCGGAGAAGGAGAUCAUGUCAGAAAUGAACUGCGAAUUCAUAGUGAAAUUGUAUAAGACGUUCAAAGAUCGUAAAUACCUGUACAUGCUAAUGGAGACUUGUCUUGGUGGAGAGUUGUGGACUAUUUUAAGGGAUAGAGGACAAUUUGACGACGCCACCACCAGGUUCUACACGGCUUGUGUCGUCGAAGCGUUCCACUAUCUGCACUCUAGGAAUAUAAUUUAUAGGGAUCUCAAACCGGAGAAUUUAUUGUUAGACUCGAAAGGCUACGUGAAACUGGUCGACUUCGGCUUCUCUAAGAAGUUGCAGGCCAGCCGCAAGACCUGGACGUUCUGCGGCACGCCGGAGUACGUCGCGCCGGAGGUCAUCAUGAACAGAGGCCACGAUAUCAGCGCGGACUAUUGGUCCUUAGGUGUUCUCAUGUUUGAAUUGCUGACCGGCUCACCGCCGUUCACCGGCUCGGACCCGAUGAAGACGUACAACAAGAUCCUGAAGGGCAUCGACGCGGUGGAGUUCCCCCGCUGCAUCACGCGCAACGCGGCCAACCUCAUCAAGAAGCUGUGCCGCGACAACCCCGCGGAACGGCUCGGCUACCAGCGCGGCGGUAUCACUGAGAUACAAAAGCACAAAUGGUUCGACGGCUUCAAUUGGGAAGGCCUCGCGCAACGUUCUCUAGAGCCGCCGAUCACGCCGACCGUCAAGUCGCCCGUCGACACGCACAACUUCGACCAAUACCCGCCCGAUGCGGAUGAACCCCCACCCGACGACCUCUCCGGUUGGGACGCCAACUUCUGAUCUUAGUCGAAUUAUACGUGUGAGUGAGAGGGAUGUAUCGCGAUGUGUGAGACAGAUAUACAACGCACAUAUUACGCGCAAUUGAAUCAAAGAGUAAGAUAUAGAUGCGUCUGACCGUCAACGAAGCAACUAAGUGAUUUCUUUUUACCUACAACAUACUUAAUCUUGUAAUUUUCCGUCAUAGUGGUUAAGGCAAACGCUGCUACGUUCAUAAUGCCAUUAUAUUUAGUGUAUUUCUUGCCAGUUGUACAUCAACUGAUAUAUGGAAUGAUAUUUUUGUAGUAAUUUUACUUGACAGUUAUGCCAAUUCUCGCUAUGCAGCAAGAAUAUAAAGUUUCUUUUUGAGUAUGUAAAUUACAUUGUUAAAUAGCAUUUUAAUUACAAAUAAUAUGUAAAUAAUAUAAAUAAAGUUAACGUAAGUCUUAGGUGUGGUCCUCACUAAAAUAGUUUUAGUAAAUUGUGGCUUCACCAUUUCCUUAUUAGAAUCUUGUUGCAAUAAAUUAUUUUAUGCAUAAAAAUAUUCAUUUAUUUAAUGGAUUAUAUGUUUUGUUGUCUUUCAUGUUUUCUAACUACAAUUUAUAAUUUUCAGUUUGCGAAUAUAAUUCAGAGUAACACAAGCGGUUUAGGAAUUUUCCGCCAUGUUUAAUUUUUUUUUUAUGAAAAUAUAACAAUAUUUUCAGAAUUGAGUAUCGGCUCUAACUAAUAAUCUAUGAUUACCAUUUUGAUGACAGUUAAAUAUUAUACUUUAGCAACCUAAAACGAAAUGUCAAUAAAUUAAACAUUUCAUGGUUGCUGCAUUUUAUGCGUAUGAUUCUUAUAUAAGGAUUGAAAAUAUUUUUUUUUAUAAGUAUUUGACUUAAUUCGAUGAAUUUAAAUAAGAUGUGCUCAAAUAUGAAAGCGUGUUGAAUUUUAGAAAUCAAAUUUAAUGAUUUUUAUUACCUUUUAAAGUGUUGAAACUUAUCGGUGCUUUUUACAAACUGUUAGAAAUGCUAAUAAAAAUUUAUGGAAUUGCUAUUAGAAAUCAUCAAUUAAGGAUUAUAUGAAUAAAAUUCAAAAUCCACUAAUAUAUUUUUGGAGUCAAUUCUGAAGUGAAAAUAAAAUAAUUACCUUUGAGGUUCGUUCAUACGAAAUCAUUGCACAUGAACGAUACAAAGAUAUUUUGAAUUUCGAACAUCGAAUUAUCAAAGCAAUUUCAACUUUAUUUCAAUACGUUCAGAAUUGACUUCGUCGUUUAGUUUGUCAUGUGCUAAACGUUCAGAUCUCUGAACAUGACAUAAUGUAAGACUUACCAUAUAAUUCACUAAAAUAGUCAAUUUAUUAUAAGUCUUCCAUAUGACUAUCAUUGUAAAUAUCUUUAUAGUAUAGGUCACGUCACACUGUGACGAUCAUAGUGAAUGCAAUGUAUACACGUGUAAUAUUUUAUAUAAGGACAGUUAUUUUUGUAAUCACUAGUAGCUAAAUAUUUUAAUGAUUUUGAGAAAUGUAAAAAUAUACGUUAUUUCAAUUAG